UAAAAGUAUAAUUUUUAUGUUCUGAAUGUAUGACGGAUUAAAAGUAGAAGUUAUGAUUUAGAAGAAAAAAAAACUUGGUGAAAAGAUCCUCAAAGAAUUACUACAAAGUAAAUGUACUUUGUUACCACAACCUCUGGUUUGUUGUCUGUUAAUAAAUAGCCUAUUAUCCUGUCAGUCACUUCUCUCAUUUCCUCCUUAUCAGGUUGUUUAUGAGACUGUCUGAUGUGGCUCCUGUCUUUUCAUAUUGGCCCAGCUUGCAUGUUAUAUGAUGUUCUUUUAUAGAAAAAAAAAACAGAUUAUAACUGAAUUUAGGAGCUUUGUGCGUGUUUCCCCCUCAGACUCUAGCUCCAUUCCCAGCAGGAUGAGCCCUGGUGCGCCUUGCUGAUGCAAUGUGGUGGUGUUAUUACCAUCCAUCAACCGGUUCAGACUGGACUGAUGGCCACAUGAACAAUGUUACUAGAGAGAAAAGGAGCUCAGUCAGCACUAACACCAACCUUUACAUUCAUUUAAUCUCCAAAGAUGAUGAAGUUAGCUAAUUCGAUUUUUCAAAGUUUAGAUGACUUCCUUAGAGGCGCACUUUAACUCUUCCUGCGCAGAAUGCUUGCUUCAUAAAAAAAAAAUUUAAUAAUAAAUAAAUUAAAAAAACAGAAUUUUGUGUCAGAGGACCGACAGGUAAAAAUGUACUUAUGCAUGGGAUUUUGAUUGUGAUUGUAACUAUUGUUAUAAAAGCCUUAAAUAGGAGGGAAUAAUAAAAACAAUGUAGACACAGGAGGUGAAAAAAGUAAAGCAGCCUCUCGUGUUUGCGGAGAGACACCGAGCCUGAGAGCUGCGCGCUGCGCUCCAGACGCGCAGGAGGAGGAAGCGCCGUUUCCUCUCUCUCUCUCUCUGCUGCCGCCGCUGCUGCUUCUGGACCAGCAAGAACAGCUUUGAACCGGUUUUUGUCACCGGCUACAAAGCAAUACCAAACACACACACACACAAUGAACUCACUAGCUGUUCCCCCCACUCUGACACGCACUCACAGACCUCAUAGAUUCAAGGCAAUGCAGCCGCGCGCGAUGCUUUUGUAGCUGAAGUCAUUUUGUCGGAAGAUUUUCUUAGAGGAGAUCUUUUGGUUCCAUGAAAAAGUUCCCGCAGAGCGCGCAGCUCCUCAGGCGGCUGCUGUUGUAGACGCUCAGGAUCUUCUCCUCAGUCCAAGCUGUAGCAGAUCCCAGGUUGGCACGAACACCAUCAGUACCAUGACUUCGUCCACUAAAAUCCAGGAUGGAGGCUGGGGAUGGGUGAUCAUCGCGACAUCCUUUAUGGCCCAGCUCCUGGCUUAUGGGUCUCCGCAGUCCGUGGGCGUCCUGUACCCUGAGUGGCUGCACACCUACCAAGAGAGCAAGGGCAUGACUGCCUGGGUGGGCUCCCUUGUGGCUGGAGUGGGAUUAAUAGCCAGUCCUAUCUGCAGUGCCUGUGUGGACAACUUUGGAGCGCGUCCCGUGACCAUCUUCAGUGGUGUGAUGGUGGCGGGCGGCCUGAUGCUCAGCGCCUUCGCUCCAAAUGUCCAGUUCCUCAUCUUUUCCUAUGGGAUCGUUGUGGGCCUGGGUUGUGGUCUCGUUUACGCAGCCACCUUGACAAUCACCUGUCAGUAUUUUGACAAGAGACGCGGCCUGGCCCUUGGCAUUGUCACCACAGGAACAAGCGUUGGCGCAUUCAUCUACGCCACUGCUCAGAAUGAGCUCAUCCUGUUGCUCGGACUGGAUGGCUGCUUGCUCAUCAUCGGAGCCAUAGCRCUCAACCUCAUGGCCUGCGCUGGUUUCAUGAGACCCCUCGACAUGCCGGGGUACUAUCUCAAACAGAAGGCUGCCUUGGAGCGCAACACGGAAGAACAGUUUUUCAUGACGCCACCCUUGGAUGACCUCAAGCUCACAACGGAGACAACCACAGCCACUCAGGAGAAAGCUCUCUCGGCAAAGGAGUUGCUCAUCACUAUCGAUGCCAAGGACUUGUCUAUUCAGACAGAGAAGAAAGAAGGUUCUAAGUUUGGGUCAGUCAUUGUGAAGGCAAUCAAAAAGAAGCAGAAGGCUUACUCCAAGUACAUGAAUUUGAUGUACGAGAUUUUGCAGGACCAAUCCAUGGUGGCCUUCUGCAUUGCUAUCUUCUUGUUCAGCCUGGGCAUUUUUCCACCAUGCCUCUUUAUUGAGGAUGUGGCACAGAGUGAAGGACUCAUUGAAGAAGUUAGUGUCAUUCCUCUUGUAUCAAUUGGGGCUAUUGCCACCUGCAUAGGCAAACUAGCUCUGGGUGUCCUGGUAGACAUCAGGUGGAUCAACAGCCUCUAUUUGUACGCCUUCACAAUGUUUGCAGGUGGUUUUGCAUUGCUCCUUUUACCUAUCACCAAAAGUUACAUGGGACUGCAGAUUCUGAUGGCCACCAUUGGUUUCUUCUCUGGAAACUGGUCUCUCACUUCGUACAUUACCACUAAGAUCGUUGGCUUAGACAGACUGACUCAAGCCCAUGGCAUCCUCAUGUUCUUUGGGGGUUUUGGGAUCAUGCUUGGACCUCCUGUUGUAGGGUGGUUCUUUGACUGGACACAGUCAUAUGACUUGGCGUUCUACUUCAGUGGGUUCUGUGUCCUGUUGGGAGCAUUCAUUUUGUCUUUUCUCAGCCUUCCCUGCUGGAACAGGAAGAAGGACGCUGAGAUAGACAAAUCUGACAUUAAGUAUACCAGCAACWGUGACAAAGUUGCCUCUGUGGCCUGAGUAUGAGCACCUUUCUCCAUCGCUCAGAUCUAUCACCUGCUGCUCACUGACUGUCCCUGAACGAUGCCCAAAUCACCUCUUGGAGAAUUUUUGUUUUCUCUGACUGUGAUGGGUGCAUCUUCUUUAUUUCUGCUGCCAUAUUUUUUUGAAAUACAGGCCUUUCCUCUGUUCUGCGCCUGCAUUUCUCAGGUUCAAUCUACAGAUUUAAAGUUCUGACUCUGAAGCUGAAUUUUUUUCUUCUCUUUAUUACCUCAUUUUAUGAGGUUAACUGAACAAUGUUAGAAUCCCAAGUUCCAGUGUUUAUGUAGAGACUGUUUUUUUGUCUAUAUAUAAUUGUAGCUCAGAAAACGUGAAAUGGUUCCACCUAUUAUUGAAGGAAAAUCAUGAAAACUGUCAACUGAUGAUGCAAUAACAUCUGCACCUAAAGUACUUUUUUACUGCAAUAGGUUAUUGUAUUAAAUGAAGAAUAGAACUUAUUUUGAUGGUCAUGAACACUAAAAUUUGAGUUUUUAUUUGGUAUCUCAAACUUUCACAUUUGCCACUAUGUUACCAAAGUAUCAAUAACAGUCAAUGCCUGUCAUCACAUUUUGCCUGUUGAAUCAAGACAAAAGCCUUGUUUUUACGUGCAUUUAGAUUACCAAAUAAGUUGAUUUUUUCAUUUUUAACUGGUUGAGUUUUUUUCAACCUCCAGUUUCUGGAUCAGACGGAUGUUAAGUUGUGGUGAUUAAAGGAAAACGUGUAAAGCCACUGAGAUGAUUUUACAGCAUUUCAAGUAUGUUGAGUCACUUCGCAGCAUGAUUGUCAUAACCUUGCUGCCAUUCAGUUUGUCCUAGCUGGUCCUUUUUUCCUUAUAUUCUGUAUGUUUGUGUUUGUAAGUGUGAUUUUUGUAUGUGUCUGCACAUGCAUGUCCACAAGAUAUCUACAGGUUUGUGUAUGUGAGUUUAGUAAGCUUUUAUAUUAGUCCCAGUUUGUAAAGCCCUAUGUACUAGUAACUUUUAUACGCACAAAACUUGGCAUAGAGGUGUUGAAAUGUUGUGUUUACGUUUAUAAUUCCUGAAAUUGCUGUUGUAACAUUUCCUCAGGCUUUUAGAAUCCUGUGAGUGUUGAAAAGACCACUACAAAUGCCUUUGAUAGCUCCAGUUUCAGGUGUGAGUGUAAAUCUGAGACAUUA